AUGCAAAUCUUCGUGUUUCUCAGCAUUGUCGCCGUGGCUCUGGCCGCCCCAGGACCCGAAAAGCGUAUCGUGAACGGUUAUCCUGCUGCUCUGUUCGCCCACCCCCACCAGGCUUCCCUCCAGGUGAGGAGUGGUACUAGCUGGUACCACAGCUGUGGAGGUUCCAUCAUCGCCAGAAACAAGAUCUUGACCGCUGCCCACUGUCUGCAAGGUCAGAGCGCUGCCAACCUCCGUGUUGAGGUUGGACUCCUGAACUUGUAUGACGCAAACAAUGGCUACAAGCAGACUGUUUCAGUGGCGUCUUUUGUCAUCCACGCCAGCUACAACGGUAACGGUGCAGGUAUCCCUAAUGACAUUGGCAUCAUUACCCUGAGUACAUCUUUGACUCUCAACUCCAACGUACAGAUCGCGACUUUGGCUCCAAGAGGAGCAUCUUUCGCCGGAGUCAGGUGCUACAUCACCGGAUGGGGCCGUACUGUGGGCGGUGGAGCCACUUCCGCACAAUUGCUGGAGGCUAGAAUCACCAAGAUCACCACAGCUGAUUGUGCAGCCAGAUGGCCAGGUCAGAACAUCAACAUUAGACACAUCUGUGUCUACGAGGCCUCAGCUGCCUCUGGAUCUCGUCCCAGUGCCUGCAAUGGUGACAGCGGUGGCCCACUGGUCUGCAACGGCUAUUUGGCUGGUAUCACCUCCUGGGGAGUGUCCAACUGCAGUGGCAACUACCCAAGUGUGUACGUUCGUGUGUCGGAGUACCUUGACUGGAUCGCAGCGAGAGUCUAA